AUGGAUGAGCUUGUACUUAAGUUGUUCCUGGCAGCAUCGGGCAUGCGGGGAGUGAUCGGGCCCGGAACGGAGAAGAGCCUGGUGGCAGUGCCCGUCGCUUACAUAAGGCAAUUACGCGUCGCUGGUCCAUAUAUAAAAGCCUCCUCUCUGCCUCGCCUCGAUCCCUCCUACCCCAACCCACUUUCGUCUCCAGUUUCAGCUUGCCUCCACUACCCUUUCUCCUCUCCAGUACCUCACAGGACCUCCACCAUGCCUGCUAAGAAGCGCUGCCAGUUCCAAAUCGGCACUGAGAGCCAGUGCAGCUCUGCAGCCCUGCGCAUCGUCGGUGAAUGCCCCCAUUGCCGUGCGCAAUUCUGUGGUUCGCACCGUCUCCCUGAGCAUCACGAUUGCUCAAACCUAGAGGACUGCCGGCAACAGGCCUUCGAGCGCAACAAGCUGAAGCUUGAGAGCGAGCGGACCGUUGCUUCCAAGAUGGCUACUGCGUAG